UUCAAUGAGCAUUCGGGCGGUAUUAAACGAAAUAACGGAAACUUUGUAAAACGUUACAACUAAUUACUCGAGAAGUAUACGUUGAUUUCUAAAAUACACUACAAUUGUUUGUAUUUUGUUGCUUUUUUACAUAAUAAUAAAUCUAACUAAUACGACAACGACGAGUAUUAUUAUCUCGGUAUACUAAAAUUAUUUUCCAAACUGAUUACAACAAAUAAUAUCAACCGUAUUUAUUGUUUGUGUAUCGUAGUACGACGACGUUGCCUGUGGUGACAUUCAACAAAUAUAACAACAACGACAACAAAUAAAAAAAAAAUAAUAAAAAACCACAGCAACAAUUACCGGGAAAUGUAGACAACAACAAAAUAUACAAAAAAAAAUUAAACUAAAUAAAUGUGAAAAGUGAGUGGAUUUGUAUGGAAAGAGAAGUUGUAUUUAAUUUGUUUAAAAUAAAUAUAAAGAAAUUUGCCCAACCAGAAUAAUUGCAAAAAAGUAUUAAGAAUUUCAUACAGAAAAGUGAGAAUAAAAAGAAAUUUUUGUGUGUAAAAAAAAGUUUCCUUCAAAUCUUGUGAUAGUGUGUGAAAAAUAUUGAAGAAACACACAACAACAACAAAAAAACAAGUUACAAGUUGUGCUGAGCUGUGUGUUUUUUUUUAAAGUGCGAGUGCGCAAAUGUCAUAUUCGAUCUUCAAUAACAACUUGCAAAAGAGAGAAAGAGAUAGAAUGUGAGUGCCAAAGUAAUACACAAGUGUAUAACAACACGGUGAAAAACAGCAAAAACAAUAAAUAACAAAACGAAAUUAGAAAUAAAGUGAAGUAAAUAUUAAACAAAAAAAAAACAUUAAAGAAGAGAAAACAAAAGGUGCAACUAGUAAAGGCAUAGGCAAAACAACAACUACACCAUAACAGUAAUAAAGGGAAACAAACCACAACUAAUACACCAAAAUCAUAAAAAAUAAAUAAAAGAAGUUUAAAAAUACCAUUUAUUUUGUAUUUCAAAGUGCAAUGGAAUUUCAAAUCCAACCCAGCAGCAACAAUAAUAGCCACUACGACAACAACAAAACAAAAGCAAAAGACUAAUAAAAAGCAAAAACACUUCAACAAAUAAUAAGAACAAGCAGCAAAUCACCACAAAAUAUUUGCAACAACAAAAACUAUAAAAAAAAUUCCACAACAAAACAGGCAACAAACAAUAUUGUGCAAAAAUUUUAAAAGAAAAACAAGAAAUAAAUAAUUGCUACAAUCAAUAACUUCCUACAAAAUGAGUUAAAUUUCGUAAAGUUUAAAGAUUUUCUUAAUUUUUCUUUUAAUUUAUUAUUAUUUCUUUUGUUUGUUUUGCUUUACAUUAUUUGUUUAAUUUACACCAGUUUUUGUUUACGGUUUACACUUACAAAAACAAUACAAAAUAACGCAACAAAUUUUGCAUCCAAAAAGAAAAACACCCCACUUGCCAUUUUUAUAUCUUUUCCUUUUUCUUUCUCUUUCUUAUUGUCUUUCUGUCUGACGCUCUGAAACUUCUUUAUCAACAAAAUUAUUCUUCUUCGUCCAUCCACAAAAAAUUAUGAAGAAUAAUCAAAAGUCCUCGAAUAAUAAUAACAAUAAUAACAACAAUUUAAAUUAUCUGAAUAAUAAAAACUCUUUAACCACUACGGCCGGUCAUAAGCUCUCGAAAUCCGCUUCGUCGCCCGCCAACAACAACAACAUCAACAAUAAUAAUAAUAACAACAUUAACGCAGGCCAAAAUUUAAAGAAAGGUCUGAAAAGUAAAUCGAAAUCCCAUCGUUUGGUCGGCCGCUCGAGUAGUAGUAAUAAUAAUAAUAACAACAACAGCGGAGGCGGCGGCCUUGGCAAAAAGAUGGGCGGCGGCGUCAAAGAUGCCCGUCGCGGUUUGGAGCCGCUCGAAUUUGAGGAGUGUAUUGUUGAUAGUCCAGAGUUUCGGGAUAAUUUAAAUCGUCAUGAGAAGGAAUUGGAUCACACUAGUCAUCAGAUUAAGAGAAUUAUUAAGGAGGUUAAGGAUUUAAUGAGUGCUGCAAAAGUAUUAUCAACCCGCAUGAAACAGUUGGCCUAUUCAUUGAAAGAUUUCAAUUUUGAAUGCAUCGGCACAGCCCAGACAGACGAUGAGCUGGUGAUUUGUGAGAGUUUAAAACAUUUUGGUGAUAUAAUUAGUAUGAUAGAAGAUGAAAGAGAGAAAAUGUUAACCUUAGCCGAUGAACAUAUCAUAGAACCUUUAGAGGAUUUUCGCAAGAAACAAAUUGGUGGCGUUAAAGAGAAUAAGAAAAAGUUCGACAAGAAAACGGAAAAAUUUUGUCAAUCCCAGGAACGUUUUCUAAAUAUGUCGACAAAAAAGCCAGAAAAUACAAUACAAGAGGCCGAUGCCAGUUUAGGCAUGCAUGAACGUGAAUAUGUCCAGGAGUCAUUAAGUUAUGUACUGCGUAUACAAGAAGUCCAAGAACGUAUUAAAUUUGAAUUUGUUGAAAUAUUGUUGGCCUUUAUAUCGAGUUGGUUAGUCUUUUAUCAUACGGCACAUGAACAGGCUGAAGAUAAUAAAGAUUAUUUGCAAGACUUAAGGCAUAAAGUGCAAAAGACCCGUGAAAAUUUUGAAGGUACACGAGAAAAAGUCACCGAACUUAAAUUGAAAUAUAUGGAAAAGCGAACAAAGCCAGAAGAAAAGUACACCAAACGUGGCUAUCUAUUUUUGAUGGAAAAAAGUUCUCUUUUGAAAAUAUCUCUUUUAGAACCAUUUAAGGCAACAUGGACAAAAUACUAUUGCACGUACAAGAAACAGAAAAAGGAGUUUACAAUGCUCCAGUUCAAUCAAAUGAAUCACAGUUUCACUAGACCCGAACAGCGGGAGGAGGAGAAACUAACAUUAGUGUCGUGCCAAAGACGUGCUUCAGAGUUUGAAAAGAGAUUUUGUUUCGAUUUGACAUUCAAAGAGAAACCGGGUAUAGUUUAUACAUUUCAGGCCCUGAGUGAAGAGGAUCGCAGAGCGUGGAUUAACGCCAUGGAUGGUACAGAGCCGACUUAUUUAGCUCCCGGCAAGGUUAAAGCUGGCGAGGAGUAUCAAUUGGAUGAGACCGGUUUUGCUUUUGUGCGCAAAUGCAUUGAUACUUUGGAAAAUCGUGGUUUAGAAGAUGAGGGAAUUUAUCGUAAGAGUGGUGUGGGCACGAAAAUAUCAAAACUCUUAGCUUUGGGCAUGGAUCGCAAAAAGUCUGACAGUGUUUUCAACGAUGAACAAUAUCGUGAUCUCAUGGAGAGCAAUACUAUAGCCAGUGCUCUUAAAACGUAUCUGCGUAAUCUAACUGAACCCUUGAUGACCUAUCGUUAUCAUAGUGGUUUUAUAGAGGCAGCCAAACAAGAAAAUCUAAAUCAGCGUGUUCAUGAAGUCCAUAAGUUGGUUUAUAAAUUGCCUCAAUCGAAUUUCGAAAUGCUUGACAUGGUCAUCAGACAUUUGACUGAAGUCUCUCGUAAGUUCGAGAAAAACAAAAUGUCUGUCUUCAAUUUGGGCGUGGUAUUUGGUCCCACUCUCUUGAGGCCUCAAGAGGAAACAGUAGCUGCCAUAUUGGAUAUUAAGUUUAACAAUAUUGUUAUUAAUAUUCUCAUCGAAAACUAUGAACGCAUAUUCAAAAAUGAUCCCAGUGCGGUGGGCGCUCACAUCCAGUCGAAUUCGAGCAGUCCUCCAGUACGUGUGCCUCGUGCCAGUCAAGCCAAUAAAUCACUAUCAGCGGGCGGUGGUGGUGGCUCAGUGGGUCGCAAUUCCAUGUAUUCACCACAACAAGUCUACCGAGUGGUGACAAAAUCAAAUUUCACCGAUUCUCCCAUGUCUUCGAGUUUACAAAACAUUCCUAAUGGUAUGAUUUAUGGUACGAGUGGCGGUGGUGGUGGCGGUAGUGGCGGCGGCGGAGGCAGUGGUGGUAACUCCGGAGUCAUUACCUCAAAUGGUACUAAUGGUGGUUUGCUAGCUGCUCAUGCCACUAAUGGUGGCAGUGGUCCCAAAAGUCUGGGCAUGAGCGUUAAUAUGGGCAGUGUUAAGAAUUUGCAUUCAAUGUCGCAGAGCGACAUCAGUAUGCGCCGCAAUAAUGCCAACGAAGCCGUUUAUGGCAUUUUAACCGCCAACACAAAUGGUGGCCUAACGGCUCAUCAUGCCACACCGGCUAAUGCCACUAAUUUAAGACACGAUUAUCUAAUGGCCACGGCCACACCGGCCUCCACGUCCAUCUACAGUACGAAUACCUCCGGCAAUCGCAUUAGUUUAAAUAAUGUCUCACCACCCACAUUGGCCAUGCGCAAGGAAGCCCUAUACGGUGUGGGUAGUGGGCCACAGCAACAUCCACCAGUCCAGCUGCAGCGCAGCAAUCAUCUGCCAUAUGCCUCUAACAAACAUUAUCCCUCGGGUGCUGCUGCCUCAACAUCUAGUUCCAACGAAAGCGUUUGUGAUUCGCUAUCAUCAACGAAUGGGGGUGGCGGUGGUGGUCGUUUGUUAUCCGCCCGCGGUUCUAUCGAUUAUGUGCCACAUUCCUCACAAGCCACAUCGCUGUCCACUCUGUUGGGAUCUCAGGUGGAUGAUGUGGUUAAUGCAACGGCUGCUCCUUCUAUGAUAGUGGGCAGCACGGGUAGUUCACCAAAUGAGUAUGGUACGACACCGCAAAAGGUGCAUCGCAAUAAAGAUGUCACGCAAAUUAAACGGGAUUUGGAAGCGGGCACAGCGCGAGUACGUACUUUAUAUGCCUGCUUGGGAGAGAGCGAAGGUGAACUAUCAUUUGAACCAAAUCAAAUUAUAACAAAUGUUGGUUUUUCCCAUGAACCGGGCUGGUUGCAAGGCACAUUAAAUGGUAAAACCGGACUUAUACCAGAAAACUAUGUUGAACACUUAAAACCAUACCAUUAGUCAUGUAAGUCUAAUCAUCAAUUAUCUUUAUAUAUAUUUAAACAUAUAUAAAAAUAAAUAAAAACAAAAUAUAAAUACAUACCCUACAUUAUAAUUAAUUAUAAUUACAUAAACAUAAAUGCAUAAUUAGUGAUAAAUUGAAUUAAUUUAUAAACAAUUUAAGUAUCUAUUCUACAUAUAAAACGAAAAAAAACAAUGAAUUGUAGUUGAAAAACAUAAAAACCAGACAACAAAUGUAAUGUUUUGCAAACAUUAAUAUAAAAUUCAAAUAGAAGUUUGAAAUUAUAUCCAAAAUUGAAGUAAUAACAAUAAAAUGUAAACCAAAAUUAUUUAAUUAAAAAAAAAUAAAAGAAUGUAUAAAAAACGAAAGAAAGUUAUACAAAAAACCAGCACAAAAUUGAAUAAAAUAAAUUAUUACUACAA